ACAUGCGCACAGUCGGUCAACUGAAGUGCAGUGAACAAGUGUUCAGAAGCUAUCUGUCAACGAGUGUUUUGACACAGCAUGUAUGCGAAUAAGCUCAGUCGCCUCAUGUUCGGGCUGUACAGCCGGAACACCGCCUCUGUGUGCGGGGUCUUCCAGGUCCAGAGAGCGGCAGGACGGAGCGGGUUCAGCUGGACGGCGGUAUGUAAACAGCGGACACUGUGGUUGCAGAGGGGCGUCUCUCUGGAGAGCCAGCAACACACCGUGCCAUGUCAAAUAAGCGCUCGCUCAGCCUCCCACAGCACGGUGGACCCGGACGAGGUGAGGAGGUUCCAGUCACUGGCCAGCAAGUGGUGGGAUGAGCGGGGAGAGUUUGCUGCUCUUCACUCCAUGAAUGACCUGCGGGUGCCUUUUAUACGGGAUAAUCUGCUGAACGUGCACAGACAGCGGCAUCCUGGGAAACCACUGGCAGGACUCAGGAUUCUGGAUGUGGGCUGUGGAGGAGGCCUGCUCACCGAGCCUCUGGGUCGGCUGGGAGCAGACGUGCUGGGUAUAGAUCCGGUCGGAGACAGCAUUGGUACGGCCCAGGUGCAUACGGCCUUUGACCCGGACCUCCGUCAGCGGGUCAGCUACCGCGCCUGCACUCUGGAGGAGCUCUCCGCAGAGGAGGAGGAGCAUGGGGGGGGCCGCUAUGACGCUGUGGUGGCCUCGGAGGUGGUGGAACAUCUGGCCGACCUGGAAACAUUCGCCUUCUGCUGCGGCCACGUGCUGAAGCCAGGCGGCUCCCUCUUCAUCACAACUCUGAAUAAAACCAACCUGUCCUAUGCGCUGGGUAUUGUGGCAGCCGAGCAGCUGCUGCGCAUCGUUCCCAGUGGCACACACGACUGGGAGAAGUUCAUCAGCCCUGUGGAGCUGGAGCGCCUCCUGGAGUCCAAUGGUUUCUCAGUGCAGUCGGUCCAAGGAAUGCUGUACAAUCCCGUAUCAGGAGCCUGGAGCUGGACCAACAGCACGGCCAUCAACUACGCCCUCCACGCUGUCAAAGCGAGAGAAGAACCCCACACAGAUCAGGCGGAGGAGAACACUGCAGACACACACAGCUGAGACACAGCCGCAGUACAAGUCAGAAAAUAGAUUCACAUUUGUGUGAAGUCCUAACCACCAUGUAGCCAGCUGUGAAGCAGCAAAUGAUACAGAGGUUAUUAAAGGAAAGGGACAAACACUGUUGAGGUUGGAGUAGAGAUGUAGCUGCACUCAAAACAACAUGGCUUUUUCAGCCUUUGCUUUGCUUUAAACAGUGUUUCGUGUGCUGUUCGAGGCAAUUGUGCAUCCUCUGAUUGUGGCUUUACAGCAGUGAAAAUGAAUGAAUUAAAAUGAAUAAGGCUGCUAAUAAGAAAUGAGAUAUCCUGUUGGUUUUUACUGCACAUUGGAAAUCAUUUUUACCAUGCUAAAGCAUGUGUCCACACACCAGGAUAGGACAAUAGCAUCCUGUGGGAUUAUAAUGGGUCUCAUGUGGAAGUAUUACAUAAGGCAAAUCAAGCCUGAAGCAGAGAGUAAGUCAUGCCAGCACGAUGUUCUUAAAGUGCAUGCAGAGUUGAGAUUUCUAAACAAAACGGACUGUGAGGUUGAUGGCUUUCACAAAUGGUAACUUGUGUUAUUUGACUGUGUAGGAGAUAUUAAAUGUGUCUGAUGAGA